AUGCUCUCAGAAUUUGAAUCUUCUGUGCCUAUGGCAGGGAAAACUCCUCAUGCGACCUAUUGUAUUUGUGGGGUCACAAAGGAAGAUAAAUAUGCUGUGUUAUUGGUAUCUAAGGAAGAACUAGAAGAAACCAAAAAAAAGUACAAAACCUUAACAAGCAUUCAUAUUUAUAGUAUGGAAGAGCGCCGCCCCAAGGAUGCAUCCGCUCUUGUUAUCACAGAUUGCAAGCCCAAGAAUAUUGUAUCAAUCGAGCCAUCAAACAUGUCAAAGUCGAGUUCAACAUCUACAACAAGUAUAUUAAAAAGAGAUGAUAAACCGAAAACAUUCGAGAAAGAUAAGAUAGAGAAAAAAGAUCCAAUCUCAACAAAGAAAAAGCGUACGUCGAAUGAAAGAAAAUCUAUAAAUAAAAUCAUAAAGAAUAAAAAAGCCAACAAUAACACAUCCAUAACAUCACUUCUGCAGAAUCCCAUAUCUCACAAAGAAACAAAACAAACAAUGAAAAGAAAAAGUAUUCAGGAUGAUGAUGGUGAACAUGAAAAUUACAAUUUAGAAUGUCAAGAAGAAUCAGGUAUAAAAAUGGAGUUGGAUACAAAACAUACAGAAGAUAGUAGCGUGACAAAUGUGGAGAUGGGAACUGAAGACGAGAAAAACGAUACACACAAUUUAGAGGAGGAAUCAGGUAUAGAAAUGGAGUUGGAUACAAGACAUAGAGAAGACAGUAGCAUGACAAAUGCAGAGAUGGAAACUGAAGACAAGAGGAACUAUACGCACCAUCUUGUUAAAUCAUUAUCUAUACUUAGUGAUGGUAUGGAAAUUGAUCAGGAGCAAUCUCAAUUAUUAUCUAAGAAACAGACAAGGCCCCGUGGUAGACGCAGGGUAUCAAAAAAACGAAUAUAUCAAGAUGCAAAAGGUUUUAAAGUGAGUGAAGAUACAUACGAAUGGGAAUCAUUUUCGGAAGAUGAAUGUGACCCCAGGCAAACUGGAAUUAAUGUGACAAUUAAAUCAGAAGGUUCAGGUAUUAAAAAUAAGCGUGGAAAGAAAAAAGGCGAUGAUUCUUCUCAAAAGAGCUUGUUGAAUUUUUUUGGGAAGAUUUAA